AAGGUAUUCACGUCAUCAGAAUUGUCACGAAUUGGGGAAUUAUGUGUAAAAUACGAUACAAUCGCUAUCAUGGAUGAGGUGUACGAAUGGCUUACCUAUGAUGACAACAAACACUUUAGACUUGCAUCGAUGCCAGGCAUGUACGAGCGCACAGUGACCAUCGGCAGUCUGGGCAAGGCGUUCAACGUGACCGGUUGGCGGUGCGGUUGGGCCAUCACUGGGCACCCGGGCAUCAGACACGCGCUAACACUGGCUCAUGUGGUCAGCGUAUACUGUUGUCCUACACCUAUCCAAGAGGCGGCAGCCAGGGCGUUUGAAAUUGAGCUUGAUAAACUUGAGCUCAAUCACGUGGACAGUAUGUAUUGGACACAACUUUGCGCACUGAUGGACAAAAAGCGGACACUCAUGUAUGACAUGUUGACCGACAUGGGUUUGAAGCCAAUGGUGCCCGAAGGGAGCUAUUAUAUGGUGGCCGACUGUAGGGCACUCAUAGAGAGGUUAGAUUUGACCGCUUAUUACGAUAAGAGGGGCAAAACGUCUGAGUUUGUCCGGUGGUUGUCCGCCCGGGGCGUACAGGCGGUGCCGUUGACUGUGUUUUACAGUACGGGUAAUAAGCAUUUGGCCGAAGGAUUGGUGAGGUUUUGCUUUAUUAAAAGCGAUGAAACUCUAGCUAAGGCUAAAAUUGUGUUGACCGGUAUUAAUAAUGAGCUUGGUGCUAAUAAGGAGUUUUAUUUGGGUCGUCAGCAUAAUCUUUAA